CACUCGCGCUCUGUCCUGGUACCAUGUGCAGCCAUUUAUGGGCUUUUGUUAAACUCUUAAUUCAAGAAAUCAUAUUCUAGUGAGACUUCAAAGACCGUCAAAGGAUGUACAUGAGGGUGAACUGAGGUGCUACGAGUGCGUUUAUGGCACAUGUUUUGCGCAGUAGCUCGUUUAUGACAGUUGGUGUAACGGUGGAGCUGCUCUCAGUCUUGGUCACUUCUCAUGCAGAGCGCGUCCGCGGAGGAGAGUAAACACCGCCGGUGCUCCCUGCGUCUCUGACACUACUCCAAGGCUGUCCGCCAAAAAAAAAAGAAGAAGAAGAAACCACACAGCCCAAAGUGUGGAGACAUUAUCUUUUGCGCUUUUGUUUUUGUCGAGUCUGGACGCGAUCCAAAAUCUGGUCGGGAACUCUGCGCAUCCGUCUGCUAUCUCGCCGAUGGAUGGAGACAUUGGGAUAUUGAAGAGGGGGAGACAACGUGUUGUGAAUACAGAAGAGAGUAACUAUUGACACCUACAACCCAGCAGUCUGCUGUGCGCCUGGAUAAAGAAAAAAGGUCAUCACCGCCAAGGUUUCAGCUUCAUCGCUCUGCCACUUUGAACUGUGAGUCAUCCACUGUCCACAGACCCUCGUUAAAUACCCUCAGCUUAUCUUUUUUUUUUUUCCUUCUUUCUUUUAUUAUUGCUCCAUUCUGGUGGUGAAAAUUGGCCGCGUUAUUGGGUCUCCUCGAAGCGCACAGAAAACCAAAAAAAAAAAAAAGAAAAAAAACCCCGAUCACCAUCCAUCCGUGGCUCUGACAUGCUGUGAGUUAUUUCCUUUAAAUGAUGACUUCGCUGUAUCAAAGAUUCACCGGGAAGAUCAACACGGCCAAUUCGUUCCCGCACCCACCUGAGGCCAGCCGUCUCCUGGGCGGACAGGUGGCAGACGAAGAAAACGCAGUGAAGACCCCGCAGCAGCUCAGCGAUGGCAGACCGCACGUGCCGUACCGCAAAAAAUGCUUGCGGGAGGAUGAGGAUGAUCUUGUGGGCAGUGCUCCGCCUCAGAGGAACUGGAAGGGAAUAGCCAUUGCCCUGCUGGUCAUCCUCAUCAUCUGUUCCCUGAUCGUCACCUCCGUCAUCCUGCUGACGCCGCGUGAAGACGACAGCCUUGCCCUCAAAAAGAAAGUGACUAUCGAGGAUGUUUUUGGUCCAGACCUUCACAUCCAUGACCCCGAAGCAAAAUGGCUCAGUGAUUAUGAGCUUCUGUAUCGCGCAAGGGACGGAGAUGUUGUCAGGUUUAACGUGGACAUGGAGGAGAGAACAGUUAUCGUGCCGAACCAGUUGUUUGAGAGAUCCAGAGCCGCCAAGUACCAAGUAUCUCCAGACAUGAAACAUGUGUUAUUUGCUUUUGACGUAAAACCGAUCUACCAACACUCCUAUGUGGCCAAGUACAUUAUUUACAGCCUUGUGACACAGGAAACUUGGCCUCUGAAUCCCCCUGAGGUGCAUGAAGCUGCCCUGCAGUUUGCCGGAUGGGGUCCUCGUGGCCAGCAGCUGAUCUUCAUAUUUGAGAACAACAUCUACUACAAAACAACAAUAGAGAGCCGAGCAAUCCGCCUGGUUUCCACUGGACAAGAGGGAGUCAUCUUCAACGGCCUCGCUGACUGGCUGUAUGAGGGUAAGUAUAAACUAGAAAAUUAUGUGGCAAAAUUUUGA